UCUUAGGGUUUAUCGUGGCCAUGGCGAAUGUGGCUUCUUGCUCGGCGUUCUCGGCGCCUCCCGCGCGAAUGGGGGAUCUCUCGAUGCCGAUGGUUGCAGUAAGGGCUAGAGCGGGGAGUCAGAUUGGAAAUGCGCGGUGUCAAAUGGUGGGAUUUAGAGCGAAGAGAGCGGUGAGCAUUCCCUAUCGGGGGCUUGGAUUCCCAGCGCAGGAUUACGUCAAGGAGGUGGAUCGCAUCGUCCGAGUGGCGUUCCCGGACAGCUCGAGGAUUGAAUUUGUGGGCAACAGCACCUGGCGCUCGCGACUCCGGCCCGUCACUUUCUUUAGCGUGUCGGCAACACCAGUCUGCUACCUCAGGGUGUUCUACCGGGAAUCAACCAAGACUUUGGUGCUGGAAUCGGACAAGCUGGUGCUCGAAUUCAUCGGACUGCCACCCGGCAUGAACGACGACAUAAAUCUACAGUUUUCGCUCGGGGGUGAUCUUGGUGCGCAGUCGUCCAUCGCAAGCAACGCGAGCAAUGCUGCCGGUCGCUUCCACGGCUCCGUUUCGCUGGGGCUCGACUGUGACUUGCCGUUGCCUUUCUCACUCAUGCCCGAGGCCAUCGUUCUUCCUGUAGGCGACGGGAUACUGGACCAAAUACUUGGCGCCAUGGAGUUUGCGUUGCUCGACGGGCUCCUCGCUGACUACAAGCAGUGGUGUCGAGCAAAGAUGGCCCGGGAAAUCCAGGAAAGGGAAUCAGCGGCAACGACGUUUCCAGCAGCGGCAUCGUGAGUCGAGAGUUUUGCUUGGCCACGGACUUGCAAUCGAGUGUAUAGUAAUUAAUCCGCGCGGAAGCAGCCAGAGAGUAGCUCGCUCGAGCUUUGUCUUGUUGUUCUUGGAAGUUCUUGCGAGUUUAGCGGGCAGCGACGAAGUCCACCGCACUAUACAGGUAAGACGAAAAUUCGAUCAAGCUCCUCGAAUUCUUCGCCAGAGGUUCUCUCUUUUCUCCUUUCUUCGUGGUUGGAAGGAAUUCUCUCUUUCAUUCUUUUUCUUCUUCGAGGACUAACCGCCGGUUGAAUGCAAGUAGGCUAUCCGAUCGUCGAGAAUCGAGAGCUUUCCUGGGAUGGCUAUAUAUUUCUUACGAGCGGAUACGAUACUGAUACAGGAGAUAUACUCUUCAAACUUUUACCGUUAUGGUGAAAGUAAAGUCCCUUCCCCCCAACGAACACAAAACUUAUGGACUCUAAAAGUUUUAAGACGCGAUUCAACGCUAGCUAGCUAGCAGCAGCAGCUCCCGAACGAUCGACCAAGGGUCAUUAAAGCGCGCGCGCGAGAAAAAAGAAGAGUUUUUUUUAUAGAGUUUUUCUCGCGACGCAGUAGCGAUGGAGGUGAAGAGCACGUCGAGCGUGCAUGGUGGCCGGUUGGAUCAGCCAUUGGAUCUUCUCAUUUGUUUACGAUCCGAGGGACAGCACUUUGCAAAAGGAGAAGAGCUCACGCGUUUCUUGCCGAGCGCUGUGUGUAAGAGCCAGAACAAUCAAAACGAUGAGAUACAAGCUUUUUGUAAGAACCAAAUCUUCCAUUCACGAAUUCGAGUACAUAUUAUAAGUCA